AUGUUCCCGCCGGUGCCCGACACGGCCCUCAAAGGCACCCACACCCACUUCCCGCUGCCCGCCGACUCCUCGUCGCCCGAGUCCUUCCUGCCGCGGCGCAACACGUCCUUCCUGUGGGACAAGACGGUGCAGGACAACACGGACUUCGAGAGCUCCUUCGACCCCGACGCCUUCUUCCGCCAGCACCGCCACCUGCUGGCCGAGAGCGACCACUCCACGGAGCUCGAGAAGAGCCUCUACGACCGCCGCAAGGGCAUCGCCGGCACCUACUCCACCCUGGAGAGCAAGUCGCCCUCGGGCUUCACGUCGGCGCACGACACGCACCUCUACGCCGGCAUGACCACGCCCUACGACGAGCUCACCUACGAGGAGACGCUCUUCGAGGUCAAGGUGGACCGCCUGCAGCCGCGCGCGCCCUCGCUGCGGGGCGCCAAGGCCGAGAGCUCCAUCCCGCCCACCAGCGAGGAGGAGGCGGCGCUGCAGGUCUUCCUCAAGAACCGCCAGCUGAAGGCGCAGGCCGAGGCCGCCAAGCACGAGCCCUCCAAGACCAAGUCGGAGGUCGAGGCGCUGAAGAAGGCCAAGGAGGAGAGGAACUACAGCAAGCGGAACACGACCAGCUUCGGGCGCCGCGGCCCCGGUCUGCGCGAGAGCUUCCGCCUCGGCCGCAGCGCCCACCACCACCACCGCCUCGACGCCGCGACGGACGCCAGCCUGGACGACCGCCUCUCGGAGUCGCUCAUCAAGUCGUACAUCGAGGAGCGCAUCAAGGCCGUGGAGCGCCAGAUCCGGCAGGAGGUGGCGGAGGAGGCCAGCCUGGUCACGCGGCGCGCGCGCCCCAGCCCCAAGACGCCCUUCCCCGACAUGACGCCCGCGCGGCCGCCCGCCGCCGACGCCGAGGACUCCUCCAGCAAGGAGUACAUCCUGCGCGAGAUAGCGGCGGUGCUGGCGGCCAAGGGCUACCUCCCGGGCGCCCAGGCGGCCCCGGGGGACGGCGCCCCCCGCCCGAAGGACCCCUCCCCUUCCAGAAGGGAGCCUCCGACCGAGGGCGCCAGCCCGCGGCAGCCCAGGCACAGGGCGGCGGGCGUGCAGCAGCUGUCCCGGGUGCAGCGCUACAAGAGCGUGUCCCCGCGCAGCACGCCGCCGCGCGCGCGCAAGGCGGCCGUCCACUCCAACGCCAGCACCUACAGGAGCCACAAGGAGCCCAAGCGCGAGCCCGCCGCGCAGGACUCCAGCCUCCCCAAGACCUCCGGCAGCCUCGCCAGCAGCGGCGACGCGGGCGACGCCAAGCGCCGCAAGCGCCGCUCCACGGGCUCCCGCAGCAGCCUCACCAGCCUCCUGCGGGCGCCCGAGACCUCCAGCAGCGACACCGAGCUGGACAACAGCUUCCGCUCGCGGCGCCCCGGCGGCUCCGGCAGGAAGGGCGGCGCGGUCGGCGUCACGGCGCGGGCGGCGUCGCUGGAGGGGGGGCGCGGGGCACGGCACCUACGCCCUGCCCAGCAUCGUCGUCUCCAACCAAGCCAUCCCCGUCGCCAGGGUCGGGGGGGCCUCCGGCGCGCCCCAGGAUUCCGCCCCCGCCUCGCUCCCCCCGCAGGGCCUCGACGGGCGCCAGGAGAAGCAGCUGGAGGCCAUCUACAGCGCCCUUUCGACCGCGCCGGCCGCGGCGCCGCAACCAAAAGCGCGUCCCGGGAGUCGAGCGCCUCGCCCUCCCGCCGCCAGCCGCCCCCGAGGCCCCCGGCGCCCGCAGUGCCCAGGCCGCCCCCGCGCCCGCCGCCGCCCGCCUUCCACCAGUACGAGCCCCCGCCGCAGUCAAAGCGCGAAGGGCAAGCCGGCGCCCCGACGGCCGAGGCGCCUCCGCGGUCGCUCGUUCCUCCUCCGGUGCCGCGCCGGCCGAAGAAGGCCGCCCCGCAGCCGCCUUCGUCGGGCAGGUCGCCCACGAGGCCCGCGGACGCGACCAAAGGGGACAAGACGCCCCCGGGCGCGUCCUACCUGCUGGCGACUCAGGGCGCGUCGCUGGGCGGGGACAGCAGGGCGAAGCAGGACGGCCUGCCCACGCACCAGGCGGGCCUCGAGCGCAUCCCGUCGUUCCAGGUGCGGGCGGAGGCCAGCCCCGCGUGCCCGAGCCGAGGCGAGAGCACGCCCACGUACCAGACCGUCAGCGAAACGGCGACGUCGCCGGUGAUGCCCGAGGAGGACGCCCCCGCGCCCGAGAGAGGGGCACGCGAGCAGGCCCCGCCCUCCGAGGGCACCCUCGCCUCCCACGCGCCCGCCGGUUCUGCUCAGGCAGCCGAAGCAACGGCCGGGAUUACUGACAGCGGCGCCUCCGCCACGGAGGCCGCCAAGGCCUCGCCUGAACAAUUCGACGAAGGAGGAGCAUCGGCGCGGCCCUCCCGCACCCUCGAGCGGAGGAGCUCCCUGGCGUCGCGCCCGGGCUCGCCGCAGCACCAGAGCCCCGCCAGGCAGUCGCUGGGGCAGGCGUCGGCGACGUCGCAGCCCCACGAGGACCGCUCGCAGGCCGACUACUUCGUCAUGGAUCACGUGACAGUUGAAAAUCUGUACAGUGAUGUCUCAAAUUAUUCAAUAUUGCGUAAAUUUAGUUUUUAA